GUCAACUGUGCGACUGUGCAACGCCUGACUGUAUCUGUGGAGCCCGCAUGGAGGCCGAAGCUCUUUACACAUUCGAAACAAAGCAGCCGGACGAGCUGCCAUUCAGGACGGGCAUGACCAUCAAGGUUCUCAAUAUGGAUGAAGACAAAAACUGGUACAAGGCAGAAAUGAAUGGCAGAGAAGGGUUCGUGCCUGCAACGUACAUUCGACUCAAACCCCACUGUUGGUCCAAAGGGAAAAUAACACGAUCUCAGGCAGAAGACAUUCUUCGAAGGCAGACAGCUGAUGGCUCUUUUCUUGUUAGAGACAGUGAAAGUUCUCCUGGAGACUUUUCGCUGUCUGUUUUGUAUAGAGGUCAAAUACAACAUUUCAAGGUGUUGAGAGACUACAAGGGGAGGUAUUUCCUAUGGGAAAAGAUGUUUGACUCUCUAAACCAGCUUAUCAAUCAUCAUCAGUCUGUAUCUGUCAGCAAAACUGAGACAAUAUUUCUAAGAGAGAUGGAAGAGCAAAAGAAAGUACAAAUGAUGGCACGAGCUCUCUACGACUUCAAUCCUGAAGAAGAGGGUGAGCUACCCCUGAUGCGAGGUGAUUUGAUUGCUGUAACUGAUUCAAGUGAUAACAACUGGUGGAGAGGACACUGCCGAGGUGCACAGGGCAUGUUUCCAAAGGCUUAUGUUACUGAAGAAACUCGCACACAAUAGUGAAUGGAAUGGCUAGAAGCUUGGAGUAGUAGAAGCGAGACAGACUGGUUAUAUUCAACAAACUUAUAAAUAUCUGUCUGUUAGAUCUACUGUAGUGUGUUAUCACUCCCUGUACAAUGUGCUUAGUGAGAAGAGCAGAUGACUUAUUAAGUGGCUUUUAGUCAGAUUCAUCGUACACAAUGAAACUAACCAAGCUACUGUUCU